AUGGCGUCAAAUACUACUUCCUCUUCUCCUACACGAGAGCUCUCUCCAUUGGAAGAUCCUGGAAGUCCAUUUUUCUUGCACCAUGGUGAAUCUCCUGGUGCGAUCCUGGUUGUUCAACCUCUUACUGAGGAUAAUUACCCUAAUUGGGCCAGAGCAAUGAGGAUGGUUCUAGAUGCUAAGAGUAAGCUCAGAUUUGUAGAUGGAUCCAUCACUGCAUCAAUGGCAAUUACACCACUUGAGAAAAAGGCAUGGUCCAAAUGCAAUUCAAUGAUCUCAUCGUGGAUUUUGAAUUCAGUUUCACCUCAUAUUACUGCUAGUGUCAUUUACAGAAACACAGCCUUUGAGGUUUGGAAUGCUCUCAAGAAUCGGUUUCUACAAGCAAAUGGACCAAGGAUUUCUCAACUUCAGAAGCAAAUUUCCACUGUGAUGCAAGGAGAUUCUACAGUGACAAGCUUCUUCACUGAUCUUCAAGUUUCUUGGGAUCAAUUGUUAAAUCUGAGGCCUUUGCCAUCGUGUUCAUGUGGAAAAUGUACUUGUGGUGUGAAUGAGAAGAUAGGGCAUCAUCACCAUCAAGAUUCAAUCAUGCAAUUUCUUAAUGGAUUGAAUGAUUGUUACUCACAGGUCAAGACUCAAAUUCUCAUGAUGGAACCUGUUCCAUCUGUGGAUAAGACUUUUUCGUUGGUAAUCCAGGAGGAAAGGCAACGAUCUUCCAGUAGUCAUGCCACUCCUUCAGUGGAAUCCACUGCUCUGGCUAUCCAGAAUCAACUUUUCAAUCAAGGAUCUUUUCCUGGCAAGAAUUUCAAAGGGAAUGUUGGAAAGGGAAGGCCUAUGUGUAGCUAUUGUGGAAAGGUUGGGCAUGUUAAGGAGAAAUGCUAUAAGCUUGUUGGAUUUCCACCAGGCUACAAGCAAAAGGGAAAGCAGCUUCCUAUGGCUAAUCAGGUCAUAAUGGAUUGUGAUCAAGCUCAGAAUGAGAAUGUGCAUCAGAACAACAAUUUCUCUUUCACUCCGGAACAGUAUCAGCAAUUGAUUUCCUUGUUGAAUUCUCAUGCAUCCAGUUCUAGUAAUUCUAAUGAAGCAGUUCACACAGCCAAUUCUGCCCUCUCAGGUAUUUCUGAUGAUCUCUUGCAAAACUCAAUAUGUUUGAGCAUGCAACACUCUAUUUUUGCUAUCAAUCCUUCAAACAAAACUGCACAUAGUCAAGACACUUGGGUUCUUGAUACGGGUGCCACAGAUCACAUAGUUCAUUCAGUUGAUUUGUUCACUAAAAUUACUAGCUCUAUAACCUCUUUUGUUCAAUUUCCUAAUGGUGAAAGAGUUGUUGUCACACACAUAGGAACCGUUCAAGUAACUUCUAGUUUAAUUCUUGAAAAUGUACUAUGUGUUCCUUCUUUCACUUUCAACUUGAUAUCCAUUAGUCAAUUAACCAAAAGUCUAUCCUGA